CGGAGGUUCCGAGGGGGGGGGACAUGAGCGACAAUCCCAGCAGCGGCAUCUUCGUGAGAAUCCAGAGACUGCGAAGAUGCGUACCAAUUGGGGAAAUACUCGGAAGAAUGUGCGGCCACAGCGACCACAUUCAGUCCAUUGUGGAGUAACAGCAACAUCGAGGAGGAGGAGGAAGAGGAGCCAAGUGGGAGAAGAAGAAGAAGAAGAAGAAUCAGAGCAGGACCAUAACUGCGAUGAUGGAGUAGCCAACGAGGACAAUCGUCGCCCCUACGCACCCGCCGCCGCUUCACCUGCUACCUGCCUCCCUGCCUGACUCUCGCUUCUCUCGUGCCGAAACGGCCACCUCUGUCCCUGCAGAUUUCACCUCAUUUGGUUCAUUCUCUGUCAUCUGGCUUUUUGCUGCAUUCCUUUUAGGUGAUCGUUGAUAGACAAGGGUGGGUUCUGUGACGGAGCCUUUUGUCGGGAGUUCGAGCUGCAGUGCAUCCGACUUGUACAUUUUGUCGAAGGCAAUGUAUACAGCUCCUUCUUGGAUUAAGAUUAAUGCAGUGGUGUUUAUUUGGUGAGAAUUGUAGGACCUACGAACAUGUAGAGGCUAGCGAUUCUUUUUAUGAUUUUCAAGCGCUUUGUGACAUGAUUGAAUUCUUGAGAUCAUGGCGCUGGGGUUAGAUUGUGAUACGAGGAUAGUUUAGUGGUGAAAGAUAGCCUCCAUGGAAGGUCUUCACCAAACGAAUCUGGCUCCAUCUCUGUUAUGGGGGGAAUAUCUUUCACCUUCUCUGCUCAAUGAGGGCAAUUGUUCACAUAGGCCAGCCAUGCCCCUCCAUCGAGGAGAAGCUGUCCGUAUGCCAUGCUCAGCCGUGCGUAGUGUCUGUAAUUUCCAAGCUAUGAAGGCCAAUUCCAGAAACAAUCAAUUGUGUAAUAUUUCGAAGCCAACUAGAGCCCUCGUACAAUGCAUCAACGUUAGUAAUCUAAUUUUGCCUCGCAGUAGAAACCAUCACUCAUGUCAAAGAAUUAGUACCCUUGUGCUCUCGAUUGCGGAAAAAACCUCGCACUCAGAGACAUCAGAUGGAGAUGACGAGGGGCAUCUUCCAACAAGAGUGAAGAAGCUGCAAAAUGCCGUUGGUCCCAACAAGACUCUCUUUGACGCACAGGCACGUGUGUGCACUGGACCUACACAAACAAGACCUCUCGAUGAAGCUCAAGCGUUUAAAGUCCUUGGUACUAUCCUACAAUCAGCAAGGGGAGAGCUCCCUGAUUCUGAAAAAGUUUCUCACGCACAAAUGGGGGCUUAUUUUGGUGCAAUGACACUCCGUGCAAACUGCUUUCCACCCCCGACGCGGUGGAGUGAGGGCGAGCAGAAGGCUAUGUCCACGUUCUGGCCUGCCCUCUAUAGAUGUCUUCCGGAGGAGGUUCUCUUCCUGGCAGAUCCGGAAGGCACCAUCAUGGGAGGGUCCAAAGGUCCACUGUUUUCAGGGAAUUCUCCUCCGGAUGUGCGACUGGUGGGUGCUCUGCGAGAAAUACUGGUGGGCGGUCACUUGGGGCAUGAGGAAGUCGUGAUGUUGCUCAAAAGAGUCCUUCCUCUUGAAGGACCUAAGAGUGAAGUUAGCGAUGCUUUGCUUGCAGCGUUUUUAAUCUGUGCACGCAUGAACGGGGAGACGGAUAGGGAGCUCAAAGCUUACUGCAUGGCUUUCGAUGAUGAGCUAGGUUUAUUACCAGUCGCUAAAGUGAAAUCACUGACACAUUAUGGGGAGCCGUAUGAUGGAAAUACGCGCUUCUUUCGGAGCUCUCUCUUUGUAGCAGCUGUACGAGCCAGCUACGGGGAGACUUGCCUUCUGCAUGGUGUGGAUUGGAUGCCUCCUAAGGGUGGCGUUACAGAGGAGCAAGUGUUGAAGCUUAUGGGUGCUAAGACCACUCUGUUGCCCAAAGAAGCCGUUAGAUUUCUCGAGGAUAAAGACGUGGGAUUUGCCUACAUCAGCCAACGAGAAGCCCGACCAUCAUUAUAUUCUCUUGUGGAUUUGAGAGAGCACAUAAAGAAACGUCCUCCUAUUGCAACAACUGAGAAAGUGCAGCAUUAUAUCAAGGCCACAGGUCGCGAAGCGAUGGUAGCUAGCUUCUAUCACGAGGUUUAUGAGGAUCCUCUCUUAAUGCUUAUACGCAGAAGAGGAGUACAGGCUGGCUUGGUCAUUAAGGGAGAGGAAGGGGCUUUGUCCCUUACAACGAAAUGCAGGUCACCUGCUGCCGUGGUGAAGGGCAAACCACUAAAUUAUGUUGCCGGGUUCAGGCCUCAACAUGUCUCCAGUGCUGGCAUCCGCAAUCCAGAAGGUGUUUUGAGGGAAACUUUCGCCCUUGAGGUGAAUGCCAAAGAUUACGGUAUUGCUCCGUCAGCUACUCCACGAGUUGACAGAUCGGUUGAGAAAAACUUGGAGUUGGGAAUGGCAGCACUUAGAGGAGAAAAGGGACCUGCGUAUGAUCGUAUUGUUCUUAAUGCAGCUGUAACUGAUCAUUCACUGGGAUGCAUUGGUGCCGAAAGUCCUCUUAUUGCAGCUGAAAGAGCAAGAGAUGCCAUUGACAGUGGGCGGGCGUUGAAUGCCAUGUUGAAUUAUAUUGAAAGAAGCAGAUCGCUGCCCCGCAAACCAUCACCAUCAGCUUCUUAAGGAUGUCUAAGUCCUGGGGCUCCUGUGUGCACAACUGGCUUCUUCCUACCCUAAAGACUCCGAAGCCCCGUUUUAUAGCUUCUGGCACACAUUGGUCUGGUAAUGCUUCCUUUCCUGGAUUCAAGAACGGAGCCGAGAACGAGGAUUUUUAAAUGCCAGGUCAUUUUAAUGGACUGCCAACAUACGUGUGAUUCCUGGUGCACUUGUUUCUAGGUGCCGUGUAAAGCUGCUUCCUUAUUCCUCCAACUUGUUGCUCUGGCGAUUGGAUAUGUUGGGUAGAAAUUUGUUGGGCAGGACGCCUAUUGCAUGGUAAUAUCUCAUGUGUACAGCAGACAAACCGCUUUUGCAACAGUCUCUUCAGAGAAACCAAGUUCACCCAACGUGCUCUAUAUUAUGUAUUGUUUGCUCGAAUUCUAGAUACUGGAUUACGGAGAUACAUUGUGGCAAUGGUAAAAGUUAUUAAGGUUAUUCUAGAGGUGUUACGACCAGAUGUCCCGAAGGUUGAAUAUACUCAACCAACCACUGGGACCAUGAUCAGCAUAUACUGCGGUUGGGUUUCCUAGUACGAAAUCGCUCACACCUAACAAGCCCAUGGUGUCGAAACCUCUCUUAUUCAAUUGAAGCUUUCUGCUUCGCAGUGGUCUCUGUCCGGCUUAGGAAACCACAACUGUAGAAAGAAAAAGGAACGCUCAUUCCAGAUUCUAAAUUUCCUUGUGAUUCAUGCUAAUUUAGGAACAGAGGAAGCAAUGACCUUGUUGAUAGAAAUAGGUUUUGUUUUGUGGCACUGAUGGCUAUCUCAUGAACAUGAGUUGGAAGUGGUAGCUUCUAGCAACAUAAAGGUAUGUUUGUCUUCAUGUA